AUGUCAAGGGUGUCGACGGCGUGUGGAACUCACAUGGCCCAGGCGGAUGGAUCGAUAGUGGAAGAGGCGGAUGGUUUGCAUACAGUCCCAGACGAAUUGGACGAACAGGAAGUGUUGCAGCAAUUGCCUGAGAACGGCAACACUUCCAGCAGCUUGCAAAGAGAAAAGAGGAGAACUCCCAAUGACAAGGAGACUGAGAGGAAGCAUGCGUUGCCCAAAUCGUUUGUAGACAAAAAUAUGAGCGACGUGUCACCCAACCACUCGCUGGACCAUCUUAUGCUAUCCAGUGAUCGCAAUCCCCGCAGGGGGUCUGCCGAGGAAGGUCCCAGCCGCCCCCAUAACCAUCUCCACAGUAGCAACAAUAAUAUUCAUUCCAAACGAAACUCCAAAAGGGAGGAGUCGAAGAGUCCCUCGAGGCACCCUUCUCCGGCGGCUUACACGCAGCAGCAGUUCAAUGGCUGGAAGAAAGAGUUUGGUCAAGCUUUCAAAAAAAUAUCUGCCAUUGGUAGACUAAGGUCUUCUGUGAAUCCUGCUACGCCCACUGGCAGCGGUCAUCGCCACAACCAGCAUCAACAAGUGAAUGACGAAGACUUGUACACACAGAGACUGGCAUCCGACCUUCUGGACUCACUAUUGUCCGGGUGCCCGGCUUCGUUAUUUGCAAGCACACAGUUCCUGAGAGAUGAACACGGUAAGAGAAGGGCGCCCAUGCUGUUAGCUAAGCUGGACGUUAGAGUAUCUCCUUUGAAAAGUGAGAAUAACUUUUUGGACCUUACAAACGGUAAUCACCACCACCACCACAAUAACAACAACAAUAAUAGCAGCAACAAUAUCACCCCCAACACCAAUUCUGAUAGACGACCUUCAUUGCCAAGAAGAUCCAGCAUUAUGAGCAUUUCUUCUAACGUAGCCGAAUACAUGUAUGGCAGAAACGAAAAUUCAUUGUUUAGGAUACACUUGGAAUACGGCAUUGAUGAUAACAGACUCAAAUGGUCUAUUGUUAGAAGCUAUAAAGAUAUCAAAUCACUACACCAUAAAUUGAAGAUCGUCGCGUUUCAGCAAUCUACCAUUAGCAAACUUUAUAGUGACAACAAUAGGUACCACUCGUUACAACUACCCCACUUCCCUCACUACAAGGAAAUGAUCAAAGAGAGAAAUAUGCUUGAAAAAAAAUCGAAUAACAAACCAACUUCUUCGGCAGCGGCCUCUCAUAUAUCUGCCGGAAAUGAAAACAACAAUAACCAUGACGUCGCUUCUUUAGAAACUUUAUCGUCUUCUGAAAUCUCUGAAUUCGAUAUCAACAACGUUAAGAUGAAACAUUUACAGGAUUUGAUUGACGAACCUGAUGAUUUUUCACAACCARUCCAUCUUAGACUAGAAAGGUAUUUACGGUUGCUAAACAUUGCGUUAUGUUUAAGACCUCAUGCCAAUAGACUGUUUGAAUUUUAUGAACUGUCUCCUUUGGGAAACUUAUUAAGUCGUGAAAGUGGAUUCCAGGGAAAACAAGGGUACUUGGUCAUCAGAUCUACCGCAAAAGCUCAAGGUUGGAGAGUAUCUCAUUUUGGCAAACACGCGUUUAAAGAUAUGAUAGACAGACAUACUACCAAAUGGUUUAUGGUAAGAAAUUCUUAUGUUACUUAUGUUUCAGAUCUUUCUUCAACAACACCACUAGAUGUAUUCCUGAUAGACUGGAAAUUCAAAGUUAGGUUUUCCGGGAAUAAGAACAAUAUUUUGGAUAAUAAGAAGGAAAUUAAUUGGAUCAUUCACGAUCCAAAUUUGGAAAUUAAUGAUGAAUUGGAGGAACUUGCUAUCGAAAACCACACUAAUGACAUCAUAAAUAGAAAUGGUGAUUCCAAAACGCAGCAAAAAAAAUCAAACAUCUCUUCGAAAUUGCUGUUGCUAACUCUAGAAAAUAGUGAAAGAAAACUGAAAAUCAUCUGCAAAUCAGAAAACUCGCUCAAACAAUGGAUCAGUUCAAUCAUAAAAAUGUCUACGUCCACAAUUUGGUCGAAACCAAACAGAUUUGGUAGUUUUGCGCCCGUCAGAACAAAUUCAUUUUGUAAAUUUUUGGUGGAUGGUCGUGAUUAUUUUUGGUCAUUGAGUGAAGCUCUUUUAAUGGCGAAAGAUGUCAUUUAUAUCCAUGACUGGUGGUUAUCCCCUGAACUCUACUUGCGGCGUCCAGUUAAAGGUAAUCAGGAAUUUAGAAUUGAUCGUAUGUUAAAAAAAUGUGCCGAAAAAGGUAUCAAAAUUUUUAUUGUGAUAUACAGAAAUGUGGGAAAUAUUGUUGGGACAGAUAGUCUUUGGACUAAACAUUCAAUGUUAAGCUUACAUCCAAAUAUACAUAUUAUAAGAUCACCCAACCAAUGGUUACAGAAUACGUAUUUUUGGGCCCAUCAUGAAAAAUUUGUCGUUAUUGAUGAAACCUUUGCAUUUAUUGGUGGCACUGAUUUAUGUUACGGUAGAUAUGAUACUUUUGAGCACGUUUUAAGGGAUGAUGCAGAGUCUCUACUAGACCAAAAUUUCCCCGGUAAAGAUUAUUCAAAUGCAAGAAUAGCCGAUUUCCACGAUUUGGACAAACCAUUUGAAUCAAUGUAUGAUAGGAAAGUAAUUCCAAGAAUGCCAUGGCAUGAUGUGCAAAUGAUGACUUUGGGCGAACCCGCAAGAGAUUUAGCCCGUCAUUUUGUUCAAAGAUGGAAUUACUUAUUAAGAGCCAAGAGGCCUAGUAGAUUAACUCCGCUGUUAACACCACCUUCAGAUUUGACUGCUGAAGAGUUGAAUAGAUUGCCAAUGUUUGAAAUAUUACGCGAAAAAUCCACUUGUGAAACUCAGAUACUUAGAAGUGCCGGGAAUUGGUCACUCGGCUUAAAAGAAACGGAAUGUUCCAUUCAAAAUGCUUACUUAAAGUUGAUUGAAAAAAGUGAACAUUUCAUUUAUAUUGAGAACCAAUUUUUCAUUACAUCAACUGCCUGGAAUGGUACUUAUGUUUUGAAUAAAAUUGGUGAUGCCCUUGUGGAUAGAAUUAUCAAAGCUAACCAAGACAACAAACCUUGGAAAGCCUUCGUGCUUAUCCCACUAAUGCCAGGAUUCGAUUCUCCAGUAGACGCCGCGGAAGCUUCAAGUCUUCGUUUGAUCAUGCAAUUUCAAUAUCAGUCAAUUUCAAGAGGUGAGCAUUCUGUUUUUCAAAAAUUAAAAAAACUAAAUAUUGACCCAGCUCAAUAUAUCCAGUUUUUUUCACUGAGAAAAUGGUCAACUUUCGAACCAAAUGAAAAACUAAUCACUGAACAACUUUAUGUUCAUGCUAAAAUCAUGAUUGCUGAUGAUAGAAGGUGUAUCAUAGGGUCUGCCAAUAUCAACGAAAGAUCACAGUUGGGUAAUAGAGAUAGUGAAGUGGCAAUCCUUGUUAGAGAUACCGACCUGGUGAAAACUAAAAUGAAUGGUGACGAAUAUUACGCGGGAAGAUUUCCUUGGGAGUUAAGACAACGUUUGAUGAGAGAACAUCUGGGCUGUGAUGUAGAUCUUGUUGAAUUUGUUGAGCAAAAAUUCGAGAGGUUUGAAAACGUGGCUACAAAGAAUUAUAAGACACUCCAUACCUUGGAUAAUGAUGGUGAUGGUAGUAACAAAUGGACGGAACAGCAAAUGAUCGAUUCUGCUAUGAUUGAAUUAGGUUAUCGUGAAAUUUUCGAUUGUAAAUGCAGUUCCCAAUGGCAAAAUAUUCAUGGAAACGUUGCUAAUGCCAAUACCACUAAAUAUGGGAUAAAUGAAGAAGAACCGAAAAGAGCAGGUGAAGAUGCUUACAACAAGCUCUUUACAUCUGUGGAUCAUCAACAAUCAUUUCGUAAAAGGAAGCCAUUGCCCAAACAUCGCUUCGCAUCGUUAGGACUAACAUUUAAUCACAGAGCCGGUGUUGAGAACAUUGGUAUUAGAGACCAUAAAGUUUUAAGUACAGAUCCAAGAUUAAGAAAAAAUGAUGAACACAAAAAAGAGGUUGACGGCUAUGGGCCCGAUGGCUGGAAAAAAGAAUCUAACGAAAAGUAUAAAUCCGACGCCACUGAACAGUUGAAAGAAUGGGCGUUAAAGUCGCUAACCUCAAAAGUUCUUGAUGAUAAAAAUUUGAUUAAAUCCAAAGCUUCAGAGGGAUUUUCAGAAUACUUACCUGAUGAGAAAGAUCUUGAAAUGUAUAUCAUGGAUAAAAGCGUUACAAAUAGAAACAAAUGGGGUAUGCUGAAAAGAAUUUGCUAUUUACAAUACCUAUCCCACAAACUUGAUGAUAGGAAAUCGCAGAGGUUAAAGAAGAUUAAAGAUAUGAAAAGACAUUUGAGUUCAAGUACUGAAAGCACGAAGAAUGCCUCUAAUAGUCCUCCGUUGAACGAAAAAAGCAACGAAGGAGAAAGUACAGACGUUAAUCAGGAUGGUGAUGGCGAUGAAUAUCAUAGAUUACACGCAGACAUUUUGAGAAACCAAGAAUUAGACGAUAAUUCACUAGAUGAUUUACUUUCUCAGAUCAUUCCAAAGAUAACCAAUUUUAACAGUGGCGAAAUUGAUGAUGCGAAAAAAGAAGAAUUAUUGAAACUGAACUUUAUUGAUCCAUAUUCAUUUGAGGAUCCUCUAAUUUCUUCCUUUUCCGAAGGACUGUGGUUUACUGUUGCAUUAAGAAAUACUCUACUUUACAAAUUAGUAUUCCAUUGUCAACCCGAUAAUGCUGUACAGAAUUGGAAGGAAUAUGGAGAGUUUACUGAACUGGAACAAGAAUUUCACAUAAACCAGGAGAAACUGAUUGAUUUGGAAGCAGAGAACAUCAAUUCUACAGCAACAAAUGUAGUAGAUAAAGAAAGGGAGAAGGAAAGAAUGAAAAGAGCUGCUGAACUGAGGAUGAAAUUAUCCGGUAGCUUGCUGUACGGAUUUAACCAAAAGAUCUUUGAUAAACAUACAGCCCAAAGAAUUUUGGAAAGGAUCCAUGGCCAUUUGGUUAUUUUCCCCACUGAGUGGUUAGCUAAAGAAGUUGAGAGUAGAAACUGGAUUUUUAACUCGGACAGACUCUCACCAAUGGAAAUCUACAAUUAG